AUGACCUCCUCUACGGAUGCAGCCACAAACACGGAGAAGAGAUCCGAAGGACCUGGCAACCAGAACUCAACUGGCAAGUUUAAUUUUACAGAGCCAGGUCCAGUUAUGCCUGGCGUGGACGUGGACGGAUAUUUUACGCCAACCACGCUAGAGGAGCUUGCAAAGAUCAUCGAGGAGGCCCAGGAAGAUGAAGCUGACAAGGAAAAAAGAGACGGGGCCAAAAACAUGAUUUCUGACAAGAAAAUGACCAUGCAAGGAUGCCAAGCCGAGAUUCACUCGCACAUUGAGUUUGUGUCCGACUACACGUCGUACUUGAAGGCUCUUGGCGUAAAUGCGGCUACAAGUAUUUCAGGUUACGGUCAGGAGGCUUCCGUAUCAGGCAGCUAUCUUGAUGAGUCGGCAUUCUCUUCUAAUUCCUUGACCUUUAUUGCGUCAAUAAGCAUCAACAAACAGCGUCGCGUUUCCAACGAGCAGUUUACAUUCAACACUAAGCUUUAUGAGGACAGCGACAGGCCAUUUGCUACAAGAUUUGGCAACCGCUGGAUUAGAGGCUUUGAGAUGGGAGGCAAAUUAAUGGCUCGAAUAAUGCUUACCUUUGACGAAGCAUCUGACAAGGAAGAAAUAAAAGCCGCUGCCGAGGCCUCGUUGAGUUUCUGGGGGGUUUCAGGUCAACUCAGCACCGAGGUGAAAAACAACAUGGAGAAACUAAGCAAAAAGGCACAAGUAAAAGUCAAGAUCUUUUAUCAAGGCGACAUCGGUAGACAACUACAAGGCCGGUCAGAAUCCAUGGACGAGAAAAACUCGGCCCAGCAAAUAUUUUCAACCGCCAAGACGUGGGCAGACACGUUUCUCGAAAUGGCUUGUGCUCAGGACUACAGCUACCAAACCCUUCUUGAUACGUAUCCGAAUAUUGGCAACUUCCCCGAGAACCAAUCGAUUGCGCACUAUACUACCGCGGGCGCUGUAGCCUACCAUCUCCUGGGAGAGAUGGUGAAGCAUACGGAAUUGCGGAAGACUCUCCAGCUGCGCGAUGCUUUGAGUCAAACAGAGGACCGUGAGAUCCAGCAGCACGAGAUCAAAUUGAUCGAUGCCCAAAAGAGCUGGAUUCGGGAUACUGCUUUAAGCCCAGACAAUGCUUUAGAAACAGUCCAACACCUUUUCUGGCUAUCCGACCAGUAUUACCAAAAAUGGAAGCCAUACUUGACCAAGCAGUCUUCCCCGGUGGAGAUCAAGGCGUUUAAUCGCCUGGUAUCGGAAAAGGACCCAGACACCAAGGACCCAACGACAUAUGACUGCAGCGGGUGGUAUGAAUGGUACGGCAAAGGCGAGUGGACAUGGUCCAAGCUCCGAUUUUGCCUUCCGACGCACACAGAUGUCUUUAGCUUGAGCGUGUUUCGAGAAAGGUCCCAGUAUUUAUGGGGAUCGGCCUGGUACUACGAGAAGGUUCAGUAUCCUGCCGACGUGACGGCCAGAGUCACUUUGAAGAGGAUCGACUCCAAGCCGCGCGUUUGGACGCUUACUUCAGGAAUGACCAGGCGCUUGUCAUUCAACGCGGUUUCCGAGGAGAGGCUGAUGCCCGGGAGGUACAAGGUUCAAGUCAACUUUUACCAGGAUGGCCCGUACUGGGAUGACUCGCCUAUAGGCGAAGUGGCCGAGUUCGAAUUCACGGCAUCCUAA